GCGCCGCCAUGCACCGCCCGGGACUGGCCUUCUGCAUAGUGCUGUUGGUCCUGGGACGACACUGCGGCGCGCGCUCGCGCAACGUGCUGCUGAUAGUUGCGGAUGACGGAGGCUUUGAGAGCGGUGUAUACAACAACACCGCCAUCGCCACCCCUCACCUGGAUGCCCUGGCCCGCCACAGUCUUAUCUUCCGUAAUGCCUUCACAUCGGUCAGCAGCUGUUCCCCCAGCCGUGCCAGCCUCCUCACCGGCCUGCCCCAGCAUCAGAACGGCAUGUAUGGACUGCACCAGGAUGUACAUCACUUCAACUCUUUCGACAAGGUACAGAGCCUGCCGCUGCUGCUCAGCCAGGCCGGAGUGCGCACAGGCAUCAUUGGGAAGAAGCAUGUGGGUCCGGAGACGGUGUACCCCUUCGACUUUGCCUUCACAGAGGAGAACAGCUCUGUGAUGCAGGUGGGGCGGAACAUCACUAGGAUCAAGCAACUGGUCCGGAAAUUUCUGCAGACUCAGGAUGACAGGCCCUUCUUCCUCUACGUGGCCUUCCAUGACCCCCACCGCUGUGGCCACUCCCAGCCCCAGUAUGGAACCUUCUGUGAGAAGUUUGGGAACGGGGAGACUGGCAUGGGGAGCAUUCCAGACUGGAAGCCCCAGAUCUACGACCCUCAGGAUGUGAAGGUGCCCUACUUUGUCCCAGACACACCAGCAGCCCGAGCUGACCUAGCUGCUCAGUACACCACCAUCGGGCGGAUGGACCAAGGGGUAGGACUGGUGCUCCAGGAGCUGCGAGGUGCCGGUGUGCUGAAUGAUACCCUCAUCAUCUUCACAUCCGACAAUGGGAUCCCCUUCCCCAGUGGCAGGACCAACCUGUACUGGCCUGGUACAGCUGAGCCUUUGUUGGUGUCAUCUCCAGAGCACCCAGAACGCUGGGGCCAGGUCAGCGACGCCUACGUGAGCCUUCUAGACCUCACCCCCACCAUCCUGGACUGGUUCUCCAUUCCGUACCCCAGCUACGCCAUCUUUGGCUCAAAGACGAUCCAGCUCACAGGCCGAUCCCUCCUGCCUGCAUUGGAGGCGGAGCCCCUUUGGGCCACUGUCUUCAGCAGCCAGAGCCACCACGAGGUCACCAUGUCCUACCCCAUGCGCUCCGUGUACCACCAGAACUUCCACCUCAUUCACAACCUCAGCUUCAAGAUGCCAUUUCCCAUCGACCAAGAUUUCUACGUCUCCCCGACCUUCCAGGACCUCCUGAACCGCACCACAGCAGGCCAGCCCACGGGCUGGUACAAGGAUCUCCACCAUUACUACUACCGGGAACGCUGGGAACUCUAUGAUGUCAGCCGGGACCCUCGAGAGACACGGAACCUGGCCGCCGACCCAGAGUUUGCCCAGGUGCUGGACAUGCUGAAGUCCCGGCUUGUCAAGUGGCAGUGGGACACACACGACCCCUGGGUGUGCGCCCCUGAUGGGGUCCUGGAGGAAAAGCUCACGCCUCAGUGCCGACCUCUUCACAAUGAGCUCUGACAGUCCCCGGGGCGCCCGC